GGAAGACGAAGGCGGAGGAGGAUCAGCUGUGUUUAAGAGGUGGAAGUCUGCAGCACAGGGAUGCCAAGACAUUGCUCAGCAGGCGGUUGCAAAUCGAGGGACAACCGAGAUACUCGGAAUGCUGGUAUCACCUUUCACAAAUUACCAAAACGAGCACCUCGGAGGAGGCUUUGGAUCUCCAACUCCCACCGUGCAUCAUCCUGGGAUCCUCAGACCGACUUUGUUUACUUCUGUUCCAAACAUUUCACCCCAGACAGUUUUGAACUGACUGGAUGCAGUGGGAUCAGAAGACUAAAGGAAGACGCAUUUCCUACAGUAUUUGAGUCCAAGUCAGUGAACAGAUGCAGCAGCACAGAGACGGCUCACAAACAUCACACACAAGACAACAGACCUGUCAGGAAGGAUCUCUGCUCAGCUGAUUGUGUCGACACCAAAGAGGACAGUGACAGCUGUCCAAUGUCAGAUGUGUCCUCAUGUCAGAUGGUAGAAUCACCAGCAAAGGACACCGACAAACCCACCCCUGAACCUCCUCAUGUGGUGUCUGAGGUGGAAAACUCAGCCCCUGACUCCCCCUCUCGGUACAUGAGGCGCCUUCCUCCUCCUCCAGGCUUUUACCUACCAAAGGAGCACAGCUAUGCUCAGCUCUGCCCCCUGCUGUGGCGGAGGCGUUACGACCAGGCCAUCGACUGCUUGGCCAAGGCCUUACGGCAGCUGCACGCCGCCAGGCGCAGGGAAAACCGCCUGCGCAGCACAGUCCUGAGGCUGCGUGAUAAACGCCUAAAACACACCCUGCAUUUGGAUCAAGACGGCUCUAAAAACAAGGGCAGAUGGUCCCCAGGGCCAAGCAGGCACAACAGAGGACAUGGAGGCGACGUGGACGACCACCUGGACGGGGAAAUGAGCGUAACGUCUGAUGAUCCAAUGGAGGCUGGCUUUAAUGUUAGAGAAAACAACAGCUACUCUGAGAGGGACCAAGAAUACUGCUUUUACUGUGGGAGAGGACAGCUUCAGGGUGGGAGUGGUGGAUCAUGCAGGAUGUCAGGAACUGUAAAAGAAACCCAGACCACAGUUAAUAAGGAUGCUCUGAAAAUGCAGGCUAGUGUCGAAAAUAAUACUGGUGUCUUUGUAGAAAAUGGAAAACACAAACAGAUGGUCAGGCUUGAAAGGUCCCCCUGGAAAAGUACAGAAAUGUCUGAGUCAAAUAUCAGAGACUCCCACCUACCACUACCUGAUGAGAACGUGCAGAUUGUAGAUGCUCAGCAGCAGUUGUAUGUCCCAGACAGAUGUGAGGGGAAAACAGACAGUAUGGGGGUGGAGCAUCAGCAGGAGCUCCUCUGGGUCCAGAAUGGGACUGAACACAUCCUUCUGGUGCCUGUUUUUGCUGAGGACGCUGUCCAAAGUUUGCUUCAGACAGAGGAAGUCUCUGAAGAGGCACAAAGCAUUCUGGUGUCAGAGCUGGACUUGAAGAGAGAACUACUGCACAUGAUGGAGAACCGAGACGUCAGCAGAGGAAGGAGGACCAAGACCACCAGCGACGACGAACCUGGUGAUCAGCAGACUGAUGUUCACAGAACAUCUGCGGACAUGAGAGAAGAUGUACGAGAAAAACUGAAAGAACACUUGGAGGGAUUUCAUCUGCAACUGAGCACUGAGUUCAGUGUGUUCUGAAAUGAAAACAACUGAAAUGAUUCGGACAUUUUACUGACAGCAUUCACUUUGUCCCUUCUCAUGACAGAACAACACUUGUCCAGUUGAAUGACAGUUGUGCUGCAUACUGUACAUGUACCUACGAACAUAUUAAAUAGUGUGACAUCACUUUACUUCCCUUUCAUCAGCUCAAAACCACCACAUCUAUUGGACUCACUGCUUAACCUGGUAUAAAUGCAAUGCAAGGUUUAAUUGAACUACUGACAAUGAUCCUGUAUCUUAUUGUUAACAAAUCCCAUUACAUGUGUAACAGUACUGUCAUUGUUCCCUGGAGCAGACAGUUACCCUGGACUCAGACCAUCUCAUUUGGAGACAGUCCCUCCUUCUACCACAUAUUUAAUAGUGUCAAUGUGGACCAAUCUAUUGCUAAAGAAAUUCACAACAAAUACUUUAUUCCCUGCUGGUGUGAGGGACUGUUAAAAAAAAAAAAAAACAACUUCAUAUCUCAACUGUUAUGGCAAUUGCUCUUUUUCUCUAACAUUCCUGAACUUGUGAAUGAAGCCAACAUGCACUGGGCAAAAGGAGAGACAACUUACUAUUCACAUACUGUCACAUGGACAGACUCAUGUACUGUGGUUUAUCUGAUUUUAUUUGGUGCAUUGGUAAUAAGAAUAUAUGUUACACUAAGAUGAUCCUUGGAAUAUUCCACAUGCCAGUAAAAUACCAUUUUCACUUU